AUGGAAGAAAAACGACGCAAGUACUCGAUCAGCAGUGAUAACUCAGACACCACUGACAGUCACACCACGUCCGCCUCCAGAUGCUCCAAAAUUCCGAAUACCAAAUCCACCUGGUCGCGCCAGAAGGAGAAGAAGCCCUCUGAGGUUUUCCGUACGGAUCUGAUAACAGCCAUGAAGAUCCCCGACUCCUUCCAGCUGAGCCCCGACGAGUACUACGUCCUGGCCGAUCCCUGGAGGCAAGAGUGGGAGAAGGGCGUCCAGGUGCCGGCGAGCGCCGAGGCCAUCCCUGAGCCCGUGGUCAGGAUCAUACCCCAGCUGGAGAACUCACCUUCACAGGUUUCACCGAGUAGCCUGCCUGGCUCCGAGAUUUCGGAAGCUACGAGGACUUACUUGCAAGGAGUGAGCCGCUAUGACCUGGACGAGCUCGAUGCUUGCUGGUUGGAACUUGUUAAUAUGGAGCUGAAGGAGAUGGAAAAGCCCGAGCUGGAUGAGAUCACCCUGGAGCGAGUGCUGGAGGAGCUGGAGACCAUGUGCUACGAGAACAUGAACAUCGCCAUCGAAACGGAGGAGGGCUUGGGCAUCGAGUACGACGAGGACGUGGUGUGCGACGUCUGCCGCUCGCCGGAGGGGGAGGACGGCAACGAGAUGGUCUUCUGCGACAAGUGCAACGUCUGCGUGCACCAGGCGUGCUACGGCAUCCUGAAGGUCCCCAUCGGGAGCUGGCUGUGCCGGACCUGCGCCCUCGGCGUCCAGCCAAAGUGUCUACUGUGCCCGAAGAGAGGAGGAGCGCUGAAGCCCACCCGGAGCGGGACGAAAUGGGUCCACGUUAGCUGUGCCUUAUGGAUACCUGAAGUUAGCAUUGGAUGUCCUGAAAAAAUGGAACCCAUUACGAAGAUCUCACAUAUCCCAGCAAGCAGAUGGGCUUUGUCCUGCAGCCUCUGCAAGGAGUGCACUGGGACGUGUAUUCAGUGCUCCAUGCCGGCCUGCGUCACCGCGUUCCACGUCACCUGCGCCUUCGACCACAACCUCGACAUGCGGACUAUUCUAGCAGACAACGAUGAAGUGAAGUUCAAGUCCUUCUGCCUUGAGCACAGCACCGGUGCCACCAAAUUGCCCGAGGAGGCACGGACAGAGCCUGACCAAGCCCAGCUGGACUUGGAGAAGGUCACGCUGCGGAAGCAGAAGCUCCAGCAGCUGGAGGAGGACUUCUAUGAACUCGUGAAGCCUUCGGAGGUAGCGGAGAACCUUGACUUAAGCGAAUCACUGGUGGAUUUUGUCUACCAGUACUGGAAGCUGAAGAGGAAAGCAAAUUCCAACAAACCGCUGCUGACACCAAAAACGGAUGAGGUGGACAACUUGGCCCAGCAAGAGCAGGACGUUCUCUACCGACGCUUAAAGCUCUUCAUGCACCUCAGGCAAGACCUGGAGAGGGUUAGAAAUCUCUGUUACAUGGUGACGAGACGGGAGAAAAUGAAACACACCAUUUGUAAACUCCAGGAGCAGAUCUUCCAUCUCCAGAUGAAGCUUAUUGAGAAAGAUCUUUACCCAGAACAAACUGGGAAGAAGACAAGGGGUAAGAAAAGUGACCUGAGAAGGAAAGGAAGAGAUGGUAGAAAAAAUAGUCCCGAGAAGAAAGAGAAAAGGAAAUCAGUCAACGAAACUGUAUUGGGACAACUGGGCUUGUCAACCUCCUUCCCCAUCGACGGGACCUUCUUCAACAGCUGGUUGGCGCAGUCGGUCCAGAUCACCGCCGAGAACAUGGCCAUGAGCGAGUGGUCCCUCAACAACGCCCACCACGAGGACAGCACCCCCGGCCUCUCCGAGGAGCUCCUCCAGGACGAGGAGACCUUGCUGAGCUUCAUGAUGGACCAUUCCCUCAGGUCCCCGUUCAAGCAGAGCGAGGCCACAAAGAGAGUGAAAAGCAAAACGAGAACGAACACUAAGAAAAAGCUGCCCAGGAGCAGCCCCCCCGCCGUGGGUGGGAGCCACCCGGAGAGCUCCGAGCCCUGGACUAACAACGCCAGCGACUUGUCGGAUGAUGCCACCAAGCCCUUCGCUCCCGAUUCCAGACCGAGCAAGUCGGAGAAAGGGGUGGCCAAGCUGCCCGCCGACCGCAAAGGGACGGGCGAGGCGAAAAAGGCGGCCAAGAAGGGCUCUCUCCCGAAAGCCGGUGAGUCUCACCCCCCGGCCGGGGCGAGGGGCUGCGUCAGCAAGGAGGAGGAGGAAGAAGAGGAGGAGGAGGAGGAGGAGACGCCGCGCUGCGCUCAGCCGGAGCCCAGCCCGGCGGCCAAAGUGCCUGACUCCGUAGGUAGCCCCAAAACCGUCGUGCGGUUCAAAUUACCAAAGGAGAGCCGAGGGACUCGGCGGUCACAGCCCCCCAGGCCCGACGGCGCCGGCGGAGCUCCCUUGCGUCGUUUCGAGGCCGAGACGGACGGCUACUUCUCCGACGCAGAGAUGAGCGACUCGGACGGAGAGUCCCGCGGCGGCAGGGCGCAGCGGGGCCAGCUGGAUGCGGCCGGCGAGGACAUCGUCAGGAUGAGCAUCCUGGCAUCCUAA